UUUUUGAGCAGACUGAGUUUUUUUUCCACCCACUGGGCUCUGAUGUUACUGUGCAGGAGCAGGGAAAGAGCAGUUGGGCAAACCUUAGACAAGCCCCUUCCCUCUCUGAGCCUCAGUUUCAUCAGCCUCAAAAUGGGAAUGAUGUCUCUGAGGACUGUUGAGGAUUCCAUGUGAUGGUACUCAUGGAACAGAUUUCUAAACUAAAGCCUGGUCUCAAUGUGAAGUGUGGCCGCAGUAGUGGUUGAAAGAGCUGAAAGUGUUUUUGUGGCACUUUGCAAACAUAUGAGAGACAACAGUGUAACUACAAUUGUAUUAAUUAUUUUUUAACUUUUUAUUUUAAAAUAAUUUCGGAUUUACAGAAAAUGUCUGUAAUGCCUGGGGAAGCUAUCUGCGUAGCAGUUAAAGAGAACUGAAAGCAAGGGCUUAAAAAAAAAUCACUGUCUGAAAUGUCUGAUGAUACCACAGUAUAACAGCUGCUAACAAAUUGUCAUAUCCAUAUCAAUCUAGAAAUGUGUGUCUCAGCCAGGGCUUCCCCCCCCCCCCAGGGCCAUUUGCACUGUCUGGAGACAUGUUUGGAUGUCACAACUGGGGGGAAACUUCUAGCAUAUAGUGGGGGAGUUAUGACUGGCAUUAAGCAGGUACAAACCAAGGAUACUGCUCAACAUUCUACCAUCCUACAGGACAGCCCCACAAUAAAGAAAUAUCUGGCCCAAAAUACUAAUCAGUUAAGGAAGUUACUGACGUUAAGGAACCCAGUUCUAGAAAUUUGAAAAGCAGAGUAUAUGAAGUAUAUUUGUAUGCUUGGAGUAGGUUUAUUUAGAAGAAAAAUAUGUAAAUAUAAAAGUGCCUGUAGAUGAAUCACUGGGUUCUACUCCUGAAACCAAUACUACAUUGUAUGUUACUUAACUUGAAUUUAAAUAAAUUAAUUUUUUUAAAAAAGUUCCCAUAAGGUAAGAUCUGGCUAUUUCAAGAACAUUGUCCCAGAUAUGUGUUCACUUACUACUGUGAUGGUUAAUGUUAUGUGUCAACUUGACUGGGCCAUAGGGUGCCCAAACAGUUGAUCAAAUAUUAUUCUGAGUGUUUCUGUGAGGGUGUUUUUGGAAGAGAUUAACAUUUAAAUGAGUGGGCUUGAGUAAAGCAGAUUGCCCUCCUUACUGUAGGUGGGCCUCAUCCUGUCAGUUGAAAGCCUAAAUAGACCUGUCCACCUCCCACACACCCCCACAAACCACCCCCACCUCCAAGAAGAGAGAAUUCUGAUUCCAACUGAAACAUCCGCUAUUCCUGCUAGAUAGCCUUCAAACUGGGACCUCAGCACCUGGUUCUACACCACCUUUUGGCCUUCAUACUCAACCUGAGACAUCAGUUCUACAGAGUUCAGGUUUGCCAGCCUCCUCCAUAACAUGACCAAAAUGAAGAAGACAUCCCAGAUCUGCCAAUCCAAACUGCCAGACAACACUGCCUUGAAGCAGCAGCAAUUGCCCGCCUACCGGUUACAGCUCUCGGCCACUGGAGUCCUCUCUGGCUUUUUUGCCACAGGAGCAUUCUGCCUUGGUGUGGGCAUCAUCCUUAUAUUGUCUGCAAAGAGUAUCAAGGAAAUAGAGAUUAAAUACACAAAAAUAUGUGCAAAUUGUGCAGAACUGCGAGAAGAUGCUAUUAAUUUUGACAAAGAAUGCACCUGCUCUAUUCCCUUUUACCUUUCAGAGACAAUGCAGGGCAAUGUUUAUUUGUACUACAAGUUAUAUGGCUUCUAUCAGAAUCUUUACCGAUAUAUUCUAUCCAGAAGUAAUAGCCAACUGGUGGGUACAGAUUUAAAGGAUGUUGGAAACUGUGCUCCAUUUAGCAAGUCCCACAAUGGGACCCCCAUCGCUCCUUGUGGUGCUAUUGCCAACAGCAUAUUCAAUGAUACCAUCAUUCUUUCCUACAACCUUAAUUCAUCUAUACAUAUGGAAGUCCCAAUGCUAAGGAGCGGAAUUACAUGGUGGACAGAUAAGUAUGUCAAGUUUCGGAAUCCAAGUGCCAUUAAUCUUUCUAGUGCAUUUACAGGAACCGCAAAGCCCCCAUACUGGUCUAAACCUGUCUAUGAACUGGAUUUAGAGGAUACAGAAAACAAUGGCUUCCUCAAUGAUGACUUCAUUGUGUGGAUGCGGACAGCUGCCUUUCCCACUUUCAAAAAACUAUACCGUCGACUCAAUCGAGUACAGUAUUUUAUUGAAGGCUUGCCUGCUGGUAACUACAGUUUCAACAUUACCUACAAUUUUCCAGUAACCAGGUUCAAAGGAGAAAAAUCAGUUGUUCUUUCCACCCUGACAUGGAGUGGAGGCAGUAGCCUUUUCUUAGGUCUCACCUACACAGUGACAGGAGCUGUGACAUGGUUGGCUGCCUUUUCCAUGAUGGCAAUCCACUUGAUGCUGAAAGAAAAGAGAACGCUCUUCAUCCAGCGAUAAAGUCAAGUUUUAAAAAGAAAACAAGAAAACACAGAAAUGGACAAUGAAGCAACUAACAGAGCCAAUGAUUUCUGACAAGGCUUGAAAUGACUGGGAUGUUUCAUCAAGGGGAACUGGAUUGACCAACCAAGUGCAAUCCCAGAAAGAUAAAUACUGAGAGUUUCAGGGUGAAGAAGAGGAAGAAGAGGGGGAGAAAGCAGUGGAGGAGGAAGGAAGGAACAGCAUAAUUAUGUAUUUAGUAAAGUGUCCUUGGAAUGGGAAA